ACAAGCACAACGCAUGAACACCAGAGGAAGAAUAAUGACCCCCAACAACAGACUGCACAGCCUCAGAACAAGUCGACAAGUCGCCAAGUCUCAACCAGACGACAAGUCGACAAGUCUCGACAAGUCGGAACUUGAAUGCUAUAAAACAGUGACACUGGAAAGGGAAGUUGUGUGCCGUGGUUUGCGUGGUCUCACUUGUAACACCCUGCGUACAUGCUCGGAAACCUACACCCCAGUGUUGUGUGCUUAAGGACGAGCUAUUCCGUGAUGGACAAAACACCACAACUACAAUCAUUAGGUCACCAUCCCCUCACACAGCAGCUGGUGAGUUAUUUUCACACAGGUAAGUGUCCCUGCUGGAAAUUCAUUGGAAGAGUGAGCAGUGGAGUGCUCUGCUUUGGAGCAGUAGUAUGUUUGAGUUGCAAAAUGUGCUCUGCUGGAGACUAGAGAGCUUUACAUAUUCCUGCCUUCUUUGUAUUGAAAAGUCUUCCAUGAAAUCAGACAAAAAGUGAAGUUACCAAAAUGUGAGAAGCUCUAUGAGCACAGCAAGACAAAAUCAGAGGAGAUGGUGUACUGUCCGGCCUUUGCUGUUUGUGCAGGCAGAUGUGCUCACUGAUGGUGCAUGAUUAGAUUACUUGAUGGUUCUACUGAACCAUGUGAGCUGAGCGAGCGUUUUCCUUGAUGUGUCACUUUAUCUCUCCUCCCACUUGCUGCGAGCGCUGCUGCGAUGUGACGGUCCGGUGUCAGCCUGUGUGCCUGCCUGGGAGCUCCUUUUUCAGGAUGCUGUGAAGCAGCUUCCCUCUACAGUUUGUUCACUACUCAUGUUCCUUCCACGUAAAGAACGACUACAAAAAUAUAAGAAAAGUAAGGACAUCAGCUGCGUAUUAUGCAUCAGCCUGACACAGGCAUUCUCCAGAAGAAAGCAAGCACAGCCAGUGAAAUGAGGUGUUUCGGAUGUUUGAUCUGACCUCCUUGUAAUAUUUCAAGUAAGACUCUUUUUCCAAGCAACAAUGAAUACACUCAGAUAUUGCUUCUUUACCAUCUUGAUUCUCAGUGUUUCCCUUCUAUUUGUUUUCUAUGCCAUUAAUUUCCAUGUGCAAAAAUCUCUAAGGAGGCUCAACUUCCCAGUGAGCUCAACUUUAGCAGAAGCCUGUAAAGCACUUAUUGAGGAUAAGGCGCCCUUUCUGAAGGAAACUGCUUUAAAAACAUCCUUCAGAAAAUCCAACUGCACGGAGUACAUCACACGGAACCACUACAUCACCCGUGCCCUGUCCUCCGAGGAGGCUGCCUUCCCCCUUGCCUACAUCAUCACCCUGCAUAAGGAGUUUGAGACCUUCGAGCGGCUCUUCAGGGCAGUCUACAUGCCCCAAAAUGUCUACUGCGUCCACGUGGACGGUAAGGCGCCAGUGGCCUUGCGGCAGGCAGUGUGGCAGCUGGUGGGCUGCUUCCCCAACGCCUUCCUUGCCUCCCACACCGAGCGGGUGGUCUAUGGCGGCGCAUCCCGCCUGCGGGCCGACCUGCACUGCAUGCGGGACCUGCUGGCCUCCACCGUGCCCUGGCAGGUACGUGCUGAACGUCUGCGGGCAGGACUUCCCCUUGAAGACCAACCGGGAGAUUGUCCGGCAGCUGAAGGGCUUCAGGGGAAAGAAUGUCACCCCUGGGGUGCUGCCGCCACCCCACGUCAUCGCUCGCACCAAGCUCCCCCACCACACAACCUGACCAUCUACUUCGGCUCUGCAUACAUUGCAGUCACUCGGCCCUUUGUGAAGUUCGUGCUGCAGGACCGGCGUGCCAUCGACUUGCUGGCAUGGUCCCAGGACACCUACAGCCCUGACGAACACUUCUGGGUGACUCUCAACAGGAUCCCAGAGGAUGAAAACAAGGAGCAGUUUCCACAUAAGAAAUGCUCCUUCCUCUUCCAUGUUUUCCCUGACAUUACUAGAGUGACAAAAGUAGCCAUAUAG